UAUCUUCCAAAUAAAUAUCCUCACUCCCAUUUCUCUUUCUUCAUUACUCCAAUGGCGUUUUCUGCUUUCUCCCCGCUUCCAUUCCCCGUCUCUUUAGGGUUCCACCGCCCUCAAUCUCUGACCACCGCCCUUCCUCGCUUUUCCUACCCUUGUGCUUCUUUGAGCUCUUCCUCUUCCGAAUCUGGAUCCGCCAAAUCAUCACCCCCCACUGAUAAUCUUGUUUCCUCCAAUGGAACUUCCCCUCCCUUCGUUGAACCCACCAGAGCUCCCGACUCUAAUUUCUCCUACGCCUUUGCUAACCCUUCUCCUGCCGGUGGUUCUCUUCACCCCAUUCUUGGGUUUAUGCAAUCCACUGAAUCCUCAAUUGAAAGGGUUAUUUUUGACUUCCGUUUCUUGGCCCUGCUUGCAGUUGGAGGUUCACUGGCGGGUUCAUUCUUGUGCUUUCUCAAUGGCUGCGUUUAUAUUUGUGAUGCAUAUAAAGUUUACUGGUCAAGCUGUGUCAAAGGGAUUCACACCGGACAAAUGGUUCUGCGACUUGUUGAAGCUAUUGAUGUAUAUCUUGCUGGAACCGUCAUGUUAAUUUUUGGGAUGGGCCUUUAUGGAUUGUUUAUCAGUAAUGUGUCUCCUGAUGAACCUCCUCCUGUUGAUCGUGCCCUGAAAGGAUCCUCUCUGUUUGGAAUGUUUGCCUUGAAGGAAAGGCCAAAAUGGAUGAAAAUUAGCUCUCUUGAUGAGCUGAAAACAAAAGUCGGACAUGUUAUUGUUAUGAUUCUUUUAGUGAAAAUGUUCGAGAGAAGCAAGAUGGUUACAAUAGCAACUGGUCUUGAUCUACUCAGUUAUUCCGUCUGCAUUUUCCUGUCUUCUGCUUCUUUAUACAUCCUCCAUAAUCUACACAGGCCAGAAUAGGAAUACAGUAUGCCAAGGGCGGGCAUAUUAUGGCCUUCUAAAAUUCUAUGAAGGCGACGGAGGUUUGAAAUUUAUCAGAUGAAGCCUAUAUUCGUUUGGUUUAUGCUCUUAUGUACUGUUAUGUCUGUGUAGCAGAAAAUAUUGCAGUUUCCUUUAGGGAUAAUUGCCAUGUGUAUACUUGUUUAAUGCUAUUGUAUAUAUACUUUCAAUGGUAUAAAUACGAUUGCUUGUACUCAUGAUUUAAUCAUUUCAUUUGAACUCCUUGUUGACUUGAA